UGGCCCGCUCGCGAGGGGCGGUCGGUAUGGGGCUCGCGCUCGUGCAGCUGCUGUGGUUCGCGUUCAUCCCUGUGCUGGCGCCAGGAGAUGCACAGGCUCCUAGCAUGGUGCAGCUGCCUGGAGGGAAAUUCCUCAUGGGAACAAAUGCUCCAGAUGGCCGAGACGGAGAAGGGCCCGUCCGGGAGGUAACAGUAAAACCUUUUGCCAUCGACAUAUUUCCUGUCACCAAUAAAGAUUUCAGGGAGUUUGUCAGGGAGAAAAAGUACCGGACAGAGGCUGAGGGGUUUGGAUGGAGCUUUGUCUUUGAGGAUUUUGUCUCCGAUGAGCUCCGAAAGCAAGCCUCGCAGCCAAUGGAGUCUGUUCUCUGGUGGCUGCCAGUGCAAAGGGCAUUUUGGAGGCAGCCCGCAGGUCCUGGCUCUGGCAUCAGAGAGAAAUUGGAGCUCCCAGUGGUACACGUGAGCUGGAAUGAUGCUGGUGCCUACUGUGCAUGGCGGGGGAGACGACUGCCCACUGAGGAAGAGUGGGAGUUUGCUGCCCGUGGGGGCUUAAAAGGCCAGGUUUAUCCGUGGGGGAACCGAUUCCAGCCAAACCGCACCAACCUGUGGCAGGGAAAGUUCCCCAAGGGUGACAAAGCUGAGGAUGGCUUCCACGGACUGUCCCCGGUGAAUGCUUUCCCCCCACAGAAUAACUACGGGCUCUACGACCUUAUGGGCAACGUGUGGGAGUGGACGGCAUCCCCAUACCAGGCUGCUGGCCAAGAUAUGCGUGUCCUCCGGGGAGCAUCAUGGAUCGACACAGUGGAUGGCUCUGCCAAUCAUCGGGCCCGGGUCACCACCAGGAUGGGCAACACUCCAGACUCAGCCUCAGACAACCUGGGCUUCCGCUGCGCUUCUGGUGUAGGCCGACCGCCUGGGGAGCUGUGAGCAGUGCGGAGGCCAGAGGGAGCCGAACUGCAGGCUCUGCACUGCCUGGGGGGGCCUCCUUGCCCACCCCUUCCCCCUGUGGCAGGCACCUCCUGGGGGUUGAAGCAGCCCAGAGCACUCGCCCCAGAGGAGGCUGCUGCCGCCUGAGAAGACCGGGCACUUGACGGUGGCCGGGUGUUUUCUGAGAAGCACAGUAUUAACGUCAUGGGGACCAAACGCUCCAACAUUUGGAAUAAUUCUCUUUAAGAUAGUGUGUUUAACCCUUUCAGUCCUGUUCCCUUCCCUUUCUUCCUGACUCAGGGAUCUGGCAGCUCUAUCUUCCUAGGAAGUUUCUGCAGAAGGAAAAUGCUCCCUUCAUCUGCCUCUUGUAGAUUAAUCCCUCUGAAGGACUGUCUAUAGAAAGGCAGUCAUUGGGGCUUUUUAAAGGAUGCCGUUUUGCUGUUUAGGAAGGGGUCUUGCAAUGCUGUAUAGGCAAGGCUGACAUCAAGCUCAUGCUGGCCCUGCCUCAACCUCCCAGUUCUGGGAUUACACACAGUGCCUCAUAUUAAAGCAGUCUAGGAGAACUGAAUCUCACCAGGUGAGGCUGUGCACCGUGGGAGUAACAAAGUAAAUGUUCCCCCAGGGAGACAAUACCAGAAGCUUCUCCUGUCGUUAUUUAGGGACUUCCAUGUAUCCCUGAAAGCAGCAUUUCCCAGAGAGUAACCUGCUCCCAUGGUGUCACUAAACAUCAUGAGAUCAAUAAAAUCUCCUAUACUGUA